AUGCCGCCUCGAAAGUCCGACGUCCGGCCAUCCACCCCCGUGGCCGCUGAAGAGGCCUCUCCUUCUUCCGCAAAGGGUGCGCAGACACACGACAAGGCGGACAAGAAGGAUAAGGACAAGGAAAAGGAUAAGGAUAAGGGCAAGACGGAGGAUGCUGUGACCAUAGAGGACUUGAACCUCCCCAAGUCAAUCAUCACAAGACUGGCAAAGGGAAUCCUGCCCCCCAACACCCAAAUCCAGGGCAACGCCAUUCUGGCCCUGAGCAAGAGCGCCACCGUCUUCAUCAGCUAUCUAGCUUCACACGCCAAUGAAAACACUGUUGCUGCUGGCAAAAAGACGAUUCUUCCCGCAGACGUCUUCAAGGCACUAGAUGACACUGAGUUUUCGUUCCUAAAGGGGCCUCUUGAGGCAGAGUUUGCCAAAUUCAACGCCAUCCAAACGGAAAAACGAACCUCAUACCGCCAAAAAGUCCGCGCCUCCAAGCACGGCCCCGGCGGCGACGACACCGACAUGGCCGACACGACCAUGGCCUCUGAAGCAUCCGCCGCCUCCUCAUCCGGCCCGCGCGCCAAAAAGGCCCGCGUCGACCCUUCUUCUGCCGCCGCCGCCCAUGACGACGAUGAAGGCGACGACGAUGACGAGGAAAUCGACGCCAUUGUCAAUGACGAUGACGAUGUAGUCGAUGACGAUGAUGACGACGAGGAGGACGACGAGGGCGAUGAAGAAACGCAGGAGGAUGACGAGGAAAACGCCGCUGGUGAGGAGGAGGAGGACGAGGCGGGAGACGGCGAGGGUAGUAGUGACGAGACGCAGGACGCGUUGGAGGAGCGGAGGAGUAGAGAGGAGCCUGAUGAGGCGCUGGAAGGGGAUGAGAGUGAUUGA